UGGGGACAGGCUCGCCUCUGCUCUUCACCUCUGAAGCUUCUAUGCCAGGGAGCUUUCUCCGGGGAAGACUGAGGGACUCUUUCUGGAACCAUGCCGGGGGCCCACUGGAGGAGUUUCCCCUGGGUGCUCCUGAGCUGCCUGUGUUUCUGCCUUGUUUGGCCAGUGGUCAUGGUGGAAGUAACCACCUCAUGCCUUUCAAGUAUCACCAAUGCACUCUCCGUGACACCAGAGGUGCCCACCAUGAUAUCCUCCACAGACUCCACUGCAGAAAACACAGGAGCCACGUCACAACCUGUAGCCACCUCAGGAAUAUCAGUGACAGCUACACUAAAAGGAGUAUCAACAGUACCAACAUCUAGCACUUCUACUGGGAAAGCAUCUGCAUUUCUUCUGAACCCCCAUAUUCAAACCAUGGAGACCUCCCAGGAAUCUAAACCCAGCUCCUCCCCAGAGGUGACCACAUCAGCCCUAUCAACCUCCGUGAGUGGAAACACUCUGACAGUGACCGUUUCUGUAGCGACAUCUCCUCCUGGUGAUGCAACCGGCUUGUCCUCUUCCAGUGUCAGCAACACACCUCCAAUGACAACGGAGGUGCCCAGCACAACAGCCUCCACAGACUCCACUGCAGAGAACACAGAGGCCACGUCACAACCUGUAACUGCAAGCUUUACAACAGCCACCUCAGGGGUUUCCAGGACAGCAGAACCAGAACAAUCAACUGUUCCAACACCCAGCUUCUCUACCCAGGGAACAUCUGCAUUUCCUCUGAACCCCCAGACUCAAACCAUGGAGUCCUCCCAGGAAUCUAAACCCAGCUCCUCCCCAGAGGUGACCACAUCAGCCCUAUCAACCUCCGUGAGUGGAAACACUCUGACAGUGACCGUUUCUGUAGCGACAUCUCCUCCUGGUGAUGCAACCAGCUUGUCCUCUUCCAGUGUCAGCAACACACCUCCAAUGACAACAGAGGUGCCCAGCACAACAGCCUCCACAGACUCCACUGCAGAGAACACAGAGGCCACGUCACAACCUGUAACUGCAAGCUUUACAACAGCCACCUCAGGGGUUUCCAGGACAACAGGACCAGAACAAUCAACUGUUCCAACACCCAGCUUCUCUACCCAGGGAACAUCUGCAUUUCCUCUGAACCCCCAGACUCAAACCAUGGAGUCCUCCCAGGAAUCUAAACCCAGCUCCUCCCCAGAGGUGACCACAUCAGCCCUGUCAACCUCUGUGAGUGGAAACACUCUGACAGUGACUGUUUCUGUAGCGACAUCUCCUCCUGGUGAUGCAACCGGCUUGUCCUCUUCCAGUGUCAGCAACACACCUCCAAUGACAACGGAGGUGCCCAGCACAACAGCCUCCACAGACUCCACUGCAGAGAACACAGAGGCCACGUCACAACCUGUAACUGCAAGCUUUACAACAGCCACCUCAGGGGUUUCCAGGACAGCAGAACCAGAACAAUCAACUGUUCCAACACCCAGCUUCUCUACCCAGGGAACAUCUGCAUUUCCUCUGAACCCCCAGACUCAAACCAUGGAGUCCUCCCAGGAAUCUAAACCCAGCUCCUCCCCAGAGGUGACCACAUCAGCCCCGUCAACCUCCGUGAGUGGAAACACUCUGACGGUGCCAACUUUGUUAUCUGCAACAACUAAUGGGCCACCUGUGGUGGGUUCCACCACUCAGAGUAAUGCUACUUCUCAUUCUCCUUCCUUAACUGUGUUCACAAGUGGAGAUGUUCUGACAAUAAACCCAAGCUCAAUUCCCCCUGUAGGUUCUGGCAGUGGGUCCUUCACAAAUACCCCACAAUUCCCCACUUCCACAGAGGGCAUUUUAAGCACACCAACCCAAGAACAUCCUAAAACUGUUCAAACAACAUCUGUGAUCAAUCCCAGGACAAGCCUAACAUAUAUGGAUCCUACAAACAAUCUUAGCAGCACAGUUGGUUCUAUGUUGACUUCAUCAUUUCUACCUACGAACUCUCCUUGGAUCAAGACCACUCAUGAAACAUCUUUAUCAUCUAUGUCUCCUUCUCUGCAGCCAUCCACAGAAUUUUCUCUCUCUGAUUCUACUUCCUCUAGUAACAUGGGCACAGACCAGACCACAUCAGGUUUCUAUACUUCUACCAUGAAUACUUCAUUCUCUCAAUCAACCCCUAUUCCUGUGGUCACCUGGAACCCCGCCACCCUACUCACAGGUCACAACGCUCCCUUGUCUAUUACCAGCACUUCUUCACUAUCCACAGAAUCUUCGGGCUCCACCGUGAAGACAGAAACACCAGGAAUGAUUACAGCCUCCCUAGGGACAGACAGUGGGAGAAGCACAGCAACACCUCUACCUUCUAAAACCUCCCUGACUCUUACAACCUCCACUCCCAGAACAUCCACCAGUUCGCGCUCAACAACUUCCCCAAGCCCUGACCAGCUGGGGCAAGGUGUUCCCCUCUUCUCUUAUGGGUCCAGUGCUGGAGACUUUCAGUUGUUUAUCAGGACUGAGGACUUCACCUCGCAACUCUUCAAGCUCCAGAUUGGCUUCCCACUUGGCUCCUCUCUGCGGGAUUCUCUCUACUUUACAGAUAAUGGCCAGAUCAUUUUCCCUGAGUCAGAUUAUCAGAAGUUCUCCUACCCCAACCCACCUCUAGGAGGCUUCACAGGAAGAGAAACUGUGGCCAUGGUGGCUCCAUUUUGGGAUGAUGCUGACUUUUCCAGCCACAGGGGAACCAUAUUUUACCAGGAAUAUGAGACACUCUAUGAUGAAUACAACCUGCUAGUUCAGCAGGUGGAGACUUGGAUUAAAAAGUUCACAAAUACCUGGAGCUAUAAAGCCAAGUGGACCCUAAAGAUCACAUGGGUCAAUGCCCCUGCCUAUCCUGCCCAGAGAACCUUCGGGACCAACACCUACCAAGCCAUCCUCUCCACAGACGGGAGCAGAUCCUAUGCCCUAUUUCUGUACCAGAGUAAUGGGAUGCAGUGGGACCCAACCCAGCGCUGGGGCAACCAGGUCCUCAUGGGCUUCUCCAGUGGAGAUGGGUAUUUUGAAAAUAGCCCACUGAUGUCCAGGCCAGCGUGGGAGAAGUAUCGUCCGGACCGAUUCCUGAAUUCCAAAUUAGGCCUCCGGGGGCUGCAGGUCUACAGGCUACACAGGGAAGAAAGUCCCAACUACCGACUCAAGUGCCUCUGGCGGUUGAAGAGCCAGCCUCAGUGGCCCAGCUGGAACUGGGACCAGAUCUCUUGCCCUUGUUCCUGGCAGCAGGGACGAUGGGACUUACGUUUCCGGCACGUCAACAUAGGAUGGUGGGGCUUCCACCACAGACAGUUGUGCAGCUUCUCCUCCUGGCGCGGUGGCGUGUGCUGCAGCUACGGGCCCUGGGGAGAGUUUCGAGAAGGCUUGCGUGUGUGGAGCCCUUGGGAGAUUGACAAGGAACUAGAGACACAGAACUGGUGCUGCCGCUGGAACGACAAGCCCUUCUUCUGCUUCCUGUACCAGCAAAGGCGGCCCCGCGUCAGCUGUGCUGGAUACAGGCCCCUGCGGCCCGCCUGGACUUUUGGAGACCCCCACAUCACUACCUUGGAUGGUGCCAAUUACACCUUCAAUGGACUGGGGGACUUCCUGCUGGUCCAAGCCAGGGAUGGAAACUCCUCCUUCCUGUUGCAGGGUCGCACUGCCCAGACAGGCUCAGCCAGGGCCACCAACUUCAUCGCCUUUGCUGCUCAAUACAAUUCCAGCAGCCUGGACCCCAUCACAGUUCAGUGGCUCCUUGAGUCCAAUGACACAAUCCAUGUUCUGUACAAUAACCAGAAUGUGACGUUUGAGACCAACCAUGAAGACACAGAAGGCCCAGAGAUAUUCAACACCACUGGAGUCCUACUGACCCGCAGUGGCUCCCAGGUUUCAGCCAGCUUUGAUGGGACGGUGGCCAUCUCAGUCAUGGCUCUCUCCAACAUCCUCCAUGCCUCCUCCAGCCUCCCAGAGGAGUACCAAAACCACACACAGGGCCUCCUGGGGGUAUGGAACGACAAUCCAGAAGAUGAUUUCAGGAUGCCCAAUGGCUCCACCAUUCCCAGAAAUAGCUCUGAGGAGACACUUUUUCACUAUGGAAUGACCUGGAAGAUCAGCGGAUCAGGCCUCCUUGGCCAGAGGGUCGACCAUCCGCCUUCCAACUUCACCCCUGUCUUUUAUGACCAACUCAUGGGAAACAGCUCCUUGGAUAAACUUUUGAUCUCUGGGUGUAAUGGAGAUAGACAAUGCAUCUAUGACGCCCUGGCCACGGGAAACGCAGGCACUGGACUUCACACCAAGAUGCUCUUCACAAGCUACCAGCAGAUGAACACCUCCAUCAAUCAGUACCCACCCUUUAUCGAUGGUUGCCGGGAGAUAGAAGCCUACCGGGGGCAGACCACGAGAAUUCAGUGUACCAGCAACUCUCAGAAUGCCACUUUCACCCUCAGAAACCACAAUCCUGAGGUCAAGGUCUUUGAGAAUGGUACUCUGCUAUGGACACCAAAGCUGCUGGAGCCAUUCACUCUGGAGAUUCUAGCAAGAAAUGCCAAGGCUAACUUGUCAUCCAUACUCCAGCCCAAGACUGUGGUCUGCUUUUGCAGGGCAAAGAGCCAGUGUUUAUAUAAUCAGACCAGCAGGGUGGGCAAUUCCUCCAUGGAGGUGGCCGACUGCAAGUGUGAGGGGGAUACCUUCGGCCAGUACUGUGAGCGCUCCCGGGAUCCCUGUGAUGAGCAGUGCUUCCCAGGCGUGCAGUGCCAUCCCGGGAUGGGCUGUGGGGCCUGCCCUCCAAGCACGACCGGGGAUGGGCGUCACUGUGCAGCUGUGGAGGCCUCUCCUGUCUGUUGGAACCAUUCCUGUCCUGUAAAUUACUGCUACAACCACGGCCACUGCUACAUCUCCCAGACAAUGGGCUGCAAGCCCACUUGCACCUGCCCACCAGCCUUCACCGACACCCGCUGCUUUGUGGCUGGGAACAAUUUCACUCCAGCCAUCUAUAGAGAGCUUCCCCUAAGAAUCAUCCGGCUCCUUCUCACUGAAGAAGAAAACGCCUCCAUCGCAGAUGUCAAUGCCUCGGUGGCUUACAGACUGGGGACUCUGGCCGUGCGGGCCUUUCUCCGCAACAGCCACGUGGAACAAAGCUCUUCCCCAGCACCAGCCUCAGGAAACUCCAUUCGACACUGGGUGGUCAUCUCAGAGUUCCGGUACCAGCCUUGGGGCCCUGUCAUCCACUUCCUGAAUGAGCAGCUGCGGGAGGCCGUGGUGGAGGCCUUCCUCCUCCCGGUGCCCAGAGGGAGAUGGAAGAGGAGUCAGGAGCCCAGGAACGACGUGGUCUUCCGCCCCAUCUCCAGGGAAGAUGUGCGGGAUGUGAUGGCGCUGAACCUGAGCAUGCUGGGUGAUUACUUCAGAUGCAAUAGCUACAAAGACUACCGCCUGGUCUACAGCCCCCAAAGUGGCGUCACUUGUGUGUCCCCAUGCACCACAGGCUACUGUCACCAUGGAGGCCAGUGCCAGCACCUGCCUAAUGGACCUCGCUGCAGCUGUGUGCCCUUCUCCAUCUACACGCCCUGGGGCAAGCGUUGUGAACACCUGAGUGUGAAACUGGAUGCAUUCUUCGGGAUACUCUUUGGGGCCCUGGGCGCCCUCUUGCUGCUGGGGAUGGUGGUGUUUGUGGUCCUGCGCUUCAGGUGCAGCUCCAGAACCAGGAGCUCCUACCCGCUGGACUUGGAAAGUUGAGAACUUGCCCCAGAUGGGCAGCUGUGGCCAAGGAUACCUCAGGACCCAUCCCAUCCUCAAUACUCACUUCAAGUAGCACUGCUUCAGGGAGACUGGAAAGGGAAAGGUGAAAGCUGGUGAUUCGGGAUUCUUCAAGAAUGAAUAAUGGGAAUAAAGACAAGAUUGUACCUUAUUAGGAGGCCGGAGUGCCCCAGGAAGGUGCCAUAAAGACCAAGGCAUGUAACCGGUUGGGUUCUCUCACACAGACAUACAUAUCCUCAAGGAGGACUCUGGCCCAUGUGUGAAUGCAAGCACAUGUGCUGCGCACGUGCGCGCACACACACACACACACACACACACAGCGGAGUUGGGGUGAUUGACUCUAAGUUAACAAGUGUGCUUUUGCACAUCGAA